AUGUCGUCCGUUGUCGCAAAGCCAACUAAAUGGUACCACUGGUUCGAGCCAGGAACCGAUAGAAGGGAAAAAAUCCUGAUAUGGAAGCUGGACUUCUUUAUCCUCACCUAUUCCAUGGCAGCGUACUUUCUCAAGUACCUGGACCAAACAAACAUCUCCAACACGUAUGUUUCUGGAAUGAAGAAGGAUCUGGGCUUUACAUCUAACGAGCUUUCGUGGUUCAACACUUACUACAACAUUGGACUGUGUAUUGGCUCCAUUCCAGCUGUUUUGCUUGCCGGUUACUUUCGUCCGAGAAUCUACCUGCCAACGUUGGACCUGUUGUGGUCUCUGUGUGUUUUGUUCAUCUACUUGGCCAAGAAUGCGCAAACGAUCUUUGCGCUGAGAUUUUUGAUUGGACUGUUUGAAUCCGCCUGUAACCCAGGAACACACUACAUGAUUGGGUGUUGGUACAAGAAACGUGAAAUUAUGAGACGAGGAAACUUCUUUGUGCUUGCCGGUAUCAUUGGACAAGCCACUUCCUCGUAUAUCCAGUCCGGUUUGCAAAAUACCAUGAAUGGUAAGCGUGGACUGGCUGCGUGGCAGUGGAUGUUCAUCAUCGAUGCUUUGAUUGGAGCCCCGGUGAUCAUCUACGGCUAUCUGUUCUUGCCAGACUACCCUCACAACACCAGCGCUUUCUACCUGAACGAAUGGGAGAGAAACCGUGCUAAGGAACGGUUGGUGGAAGACGGAAGAAUUUCUACACAGAUCACUUUCAGCCUCAAGAACAUCAAGCCUGUUGUGUUCUCGUGGCAACUGUGGGCCUUCUGUAUCGGCUACUGUUUCUGGACUCUUACCGCUGCCUCCUACAUGCUCCAAUUCUUUGAAUUGUACUUGAAAUCGCUCGGCAGAUACUCCAUCAGCUACAUCAACAACUUUCCAACCAUUCUUUCCGGAGUGAACCUGGUGACCAUGCUGUCCACUGGAUUUAUCUGCGACCUGACCGGCCAAAGAGGCCUGACCUGUGUGGCUGUUGGUCUGGUGCUGCUCGCGGCCUUCAUUAUGACCGCCAAGGGCCCCAUCGACAACAUCCCGCUGCGUAAGGCGGGCUACAUUAUGAGCGGUGUGUACGGUUGCUACACUCCGAUUUUGACAGGAUGGUGCAACAUUACGUGCGGAAAGAACCAUAUUCUGCGUGCAGUGACCAUUCCUGCCAUGAUCGUUGUUGGACAGGCCGUGGUUACUCCGUUCCAACAGCACCUGUUCCCAUCCGGAGAGGCUCCUCAGUAUGGCCACACCAACGGGUUCUACUACUGUAUCGGUUUCACUUGUGCUCUUAUCGUCUGGACAGGAGCGGUUAUCCCCGGUUUGGAAAAAUGGAGUGCGUCUAGAGAGGCCAAGGAAGAGAAGAGCGUGGAGGAGGUGGAGUUCCCUGAUAAGGAGUUCGAGUCAAUUUAG